AUGCGGCUGAUCACAAUUUCGACAUGGAUAUAUACAGCAUUAAUUGCUACGUAUGAGUCCCUAAAAUUUGACAAAUAUUUGUUCAUCCAUAGUUGUCAAAAUGCAAUUUUUAAAGGGGCAAAAUUGGGAAUAGAUAAUUAUUUUAAAAGGGGAGCAAGAGAAAAUUUUUUGUCCUUACAGGUUAAGGGGAAAAAAAUACUAAAAAAAAAGACAAUAAUUGUUGUAGGUAAGAAAAAAGAAGAUAGCGGAUUAGCAGUAAAUAGCCACUCAAAUGAAUUAGAUGAAUCAAAUAAAUUAGAUGAAUCAAAUGAAUUAGAUGAAUCAAAUAAAUUAGAUGAAUCAAAUGAAUUAGAUGAAUCAAAUGAAUUAGAUGAAUCAAAUGAAUUAGAUGAAUCAAAUGAAUUAGAUGAAUCAAAUGAAUUAGAUGAAUCAAAUGAAUUAGAUGAAUCAAAUGAAUUAGAUGAACCAAAUGGCUCAAAUGAAUCAAAUGGAUCAGGCGAAUCAAACAAAUCAAUCGAUGAGUAUAAAAUAUUUCAAAGAAGAAAUUUCAUAAAAAAAUAUGAAGUGAAAAAAGAAGAGAUAGAUACUUAUAUAGAACAAAUAAAGAACAGCAGAAGCAGUGGUUAUGAACCACAAUUUCCAAAAGAUGCCUUUAGAACACCAGAUGGACUAACUAAUAUUAUUCUAGAUUACAAAUACAAAAAUGAUAACCUAAAAAUACAUAACUAUUAUUAUUUUUUUAUGUAUUUUUUAAAAAAGAUAUCAGAGAAAGUGGGAAGGAGGAAAGAACUGGAAGAACAAUUAGAAGAAGAUGAGGUACAGGAUGACAAAUUGGAGGAUGGAAAGAAAAGAAGAGAAAAGAACACUGAAGAUGAUAGAUUAAUAAGUUUGCAAGAUCUAUUAUAUCUAAAAAAGAAGGGUUUUUUUGAAGGAGAUUUAUAUACAUGGAAAAAUUGGGUCAUAUUGAAUAGAGGGGAAUGGAAAGAUUAUAUAGGAUAUCAAGACCAUGAGAAUAAAGAAAGUGAUGAUGAAUAUGAAAUAAAGACGUUAAGAUCAUUAGUUGAACCUAAAAUGAAAAGAAUGCCUAUUGAAUAUUGGGGAUGCUUCAGAGCAAUAGAUUUUAAUGUAAAUCAUUACCCUAUAUAUAAGAAGUUGUUUGACUUUUUUAACAAGGCCAGUGUAAGUGGAAAUGAACCCACGCAUGCUCUUUAUCCUUUUCUUUUUUAUCCUAGAUUUAGUGUCGGAAGGGAUAGGGCGGGAUUAGGUUAUGGGGAUGCUAACUUUUUUGGAGAUUACUCAGAUUUUUACAAAAAGAGGAAGGAACGACUGAAGGGAAAAGCAAAGGAAGCAGUAGGAGUGAAAGACGCGACUGGAGUGGACCAAGUGGUCGAAGCGGAGGAAGGGGUCUCAGCUGAGGGUCUGCCUGACGGCGGGGAAAAGGAGAAUGUGAUAAACACGAAUAUCCACCGGGAGAAUUUUAUAGACAAGUAUGAUUUUGGGCCGAAUGAUAUUAAAAUAGAAGAAGCAACUGAUAUAAUAAAAUAUCCACAGAAUGGGAGAUUAUAUCAAAAGUUUUAUAUAGGACCAUUAAAUAUAACGGAUGGACAUACAUUUGGUUCUUUAUUAAAAUAUGUGUGUCAGACACAAAUUUAUGGAUAUGCAAUAGUUGCUAUAAAAAUCCAUAAUAUGAAUGAAGAUACAAAAAUUGAUAACGUGCAGGAGGAUUUACUAGAAAUAGCUUUAAAUAUAUCAGAUGUAUGUAUUUAUAGUAAAGAAAUAAAUAUCGAAUCCAAUAUAAGAUUAAUAUUUAAGGGACCAUUAAUGUUAGUAGCUGGAAUGAUACCUUUACCUUCUCAUUUAAAAAUUGUUAAUAAAGAACAAUAUAUAUGUACAUUAAAAGAAAAUGGGUAUAUUGAUAUAUCAUUAAAAAUUGAAUAUGGUAAAGGACAUUGGUUAACUUAUGAUAAAGGAUUAUAUAAAAGGGAACUAGGGUCAGAUAAUGAAUGUAUGAAAAAACGACAAGUAUCAGAAGUUGUUCAUAAAAAUUAUAUGCCUAUAAGUGCUAGUUUUGGUACAUGUAGAAUGGUACGUAUGGCUGUUCAUAAGAUUGCAACUAAAUAUUGGUGUGAAGAUAGAUGUGAAUUUACGGAUCCUAAACAAAUGUUAGUUAUAGAAAUUUGGACUGACUGUAGAAUGUUACCUAAAAAUGUUCUUCUGUAUGGUAUUAAAAAUAUUAAAAAAAUUUUAAGAAAAUUUAGAGAAAUGAUUAUAAAUGAUCAUGAUUUUCCAUGUGAUAUUGAAGAUAAGGAAAUAAAAAAAUUAUGGCCAUAUAUUGAUAGAUAUAAAUUUUUACAAAUAAAACAAAAAAUGGAAGGUGGACCUCCUAUUCAAAAUAUUGAUGAAGAUGUUAACAACGAAAUGAAUAAAAAAAAUUUAUUAGAUCCAUUUACUCAAAAAUUAGUGGACCCAGCUAAUUUCCCCAAACAUUCCAACAUUCACUUACCCUUACAAGAUACCCCUCCUCCUUACCUUGAUACCUUAGAAUGGUUAAAAAUGGAGGUAAAAAAGGAAAAAUAUAGGAAAAAAACAAAAAAUACAAAAAAUACAAAAAAAAGGAGUAAUUACAAGUUUUCCAGUACACGUACUUUUGACUACGAUGAUUACUUAAGUGACAGGCUCAAUAACAUACUGGAUGAAAAAUGA